AUGCUCGAAAUGCAAUCGGGCGAGAUGACCAAAACUUAUCAUAAAUCCAGGAAGAAUAAGUAUAAUAAGACCAGUGCCGCUUCCCAAGUCCUCGGAAGCCCUGAACUUCUUGGACUCGUCUUCGAGAAACUUGCAAAAAAGAGACGCUACAGGUCGUGUCUAGUAAAUGCAGCGCGUGUCAACAGCCUCUGGUUCGAAGUCGCAAUCUCAGCGCUCUGGGGUGGAGGUCAUCAAACAGCGUCUCCAGCAUAUGCUCUUGCUAGUGUCGCACGCGCUAGACGUCAACUAUAUGCCUCUAAUCUGAGGUAUCUUAAUUUCGGUGGUAACAAGGAUGCUACAGUUCAUGCUCUAAACGAUGGAUUGAGCUUUCCCAGAUUGAAAGAACUCACACUUAACAAUUAUGGACCCUCGGGCGAUGGACAGCGCUGUCCAACAUCGCAAUACAUACAACGAGCUCUUGAGAGCAUUAAGAUAAGUAAUUGGAACGAGCAUUUGGACGACGCGUUUCUUGCCAACGUCGUUCAAAGCUGCCCUAACCUAAGGACAGUCGACUUUGAUCACACCGGGAAACGUCUGUCAGCAAAGUCUCUGAGUAACUUUUUCUCGGCCACCCAGAACCUGACCGACAUCUCACUCAACCUGGAUGUUAAUGACGAGGACCUUCCCCUUAUCAACGCUGACAUGCUGCUCCACAUUUCCGCGUUCAACGGUCUUGAGAAGCUGUCGAUUGAGAAUCGCAUUGUCGAAGCAGAUGCAUUUGACAAGGUCCGUAGUGUCAACUCACGGCCGUUCCCAGCACUACGACAGCUUCGGCUGUGCGGCAGGUCCUCUGUGAUCAGCUCUGCGGCCUGUCUUGUUGCUGAUCUCAGAGAACUGACUAUAACGCUGCUUGAAGCAGAAGUCUCAUUCAUCAGCAACCUACUUGCAAUACCAGCCUUGGUCAAACUGGAGAUGUGUGCAACGGCCGACUCAUUAGUCAAGAAAGAGGAUUUCCUCGCCUUGAGGUCCUUUCACAACUUAGAAGAGUUGAGAUUCGGAGACCAAUCUAGCGGCUCGUGGAGUUUGGGAGGCGAACCGCUCACGGAGUCUGAAUUCGCUCAUUUUUGUUCUGGUCUACCUCUGUUGAAGAUUUUCAGUGUUGGGAUGGAAAUGGAAGAUUAUCCUCCAAUGUCUUUCUUUCCGGUCCUAGCAGAACAUUGGAAGAGCCUGGAAUUCUUGGAUCUCUUCUUCACGACCCAUGAUCUCCAGCAGCUUGCUUAUAUGCCCGCGCCCAUGUUCCCCAACUUACUCUGGUGGGAGAUGAUUUCCGGAUAUGAUCGAGGUGUUCCGCAAACACUUACGGCUGUCCAAGUCGGUAGACUCAUUGAUAAUCAUGCACCUCGACUGAAGGAACUCGAUUUCUGUGAGGAUCAGAAGAAAGACCAUGAAAUAAAGCAAGCAUGGAUGGAUGUGCGAGGAUUCACCUUUAGGGACCACAACCCAUUAAACUUUCUUAUGAACCACUACAGAAUGUGA